AAGAGGUAGAAAGAAUCUUAUAACACCUAAACUAGUCGCAGCUUUAGAUCGAUGCCAGUUAAGCAUAAGAGACUCCGUUUACAUUCUUCAUGCGGUCGUAGAAGCUCUUGGUCUGAGCAGUGAUGAUUUCCCCAUAAACAAAUCCUCGAUUCAGCGAAUCAGAACUCAGACGAGAAAAUCCAGGGCAGAAGCAAUAAAAACUGACUUUCAGAACAAUGUGCCUGACGUGGUCACAAUCCAUUGGGAUGGAAAACUAUUACCCGGAUUGAAUGUACGAAGUUCAAAAGUAGAACGUUUGCCAAUUCUUGCUUCAUUUGACGAUAAAGAACAGCUUCUUGCAGUGCCUAAACUAGAGAGUUCUUCUGGAAAACAUCAAGCUAAAGCUGUCGCAACUGCUCUUUUUGACUGGAAUCUUCAUAAUAAAGUUCAAAUAAUGUGCUGCGACACAACAGCUUCGAAUACUGGCCGUUUCAAUGGAGCUUGUGCUGUUUUGGAGCAGACUUAAGAAAGGGAACUGUUGCUUUUCACUUGUCGUCAUCAUAUUUAUGAAUUGGUUCUAAAAUCUGUCUUCGAAACCAGGAUAAAACAAAUAACUAGUAGCCCAGAUAUUCCAAUCUUCAAAAAAUUCAGAGACAAUUGGAAUAACAUCGAUUCCAGCAACAUUAAAUUAUACCUUGAUUACGUAAAAGAACAUGUUGCCGAAACAAACAUUACAUCUUUUUUAAUGUUUUAUAAGUCAGAACUAGACAAAGAUUUUAUAAGAGACGAUUAUCGCGAAUUAGUUGAACCAUGCGUAGUAUUUUUGGGAGGAGAUAUGGAGAAGAAAUUAAAACUCAGGCCCCCCGGAGCUAUGCAUCAGGCGCGAUGGAUGGCGAAGGCGAUCUAUUCUUUAAAAAUAUGUUUACUUCAGUCACAAUUAAAAAUGACUGCGCAGGACAAAAAAGCCCUACAAGAUGUUUGCCUAUUUAUCGUCACAUUGUAUGUUAAACCUUGGCUCAAAUGCACAGUGGCAACUAAAGCACCUAACCAAGAUUUGUGCUUCUUGAAGAUGUUAAAAGAGUACGAAAAAGUUGACGCAACAAUUUCUAAAGCUUCUAUAAGCAAGUUUAGCCAUCACUUGUGGUAUCUGUCUGAAGAGGCAGUCAUUCUAUCACUUUUUGAUGAUGAUGUUUGUAACCAAACCAAGAUAAAAAUGAUUGCCAACUUAAACAGAAAUAAAAGCUCAGAUUUUGGCAAACGCUAUGAAACAUCAAAGGAAGAACUAACCCAAAAGUUGUUCGAUAAAACGCUAGAUGAUUUUGUGUCGGAAAAGAGCAAACAAUUUUUUUCUCGACUGCAGAUCAACGACAGUUUUCUAGGGGAAGAUGUUGUAAAUGACACUGCUGAAAGAGCUGUUAAAUUAAUGCAAGAUUUUAACGGACUUAUUACGGCCGAAGAAGAGCAAAAACAGUUCUUGCUGCGCUGUGUUCAGGAACAUAGAAAUUUGUAUCCGGACUGUAAAAAAAGUACACUGAAGACAAGUUACCCCGGCUAA